GUAUGCGAUGGAUUUUACAUUAACAAGAUGUGGUUUUGCCUCACAAAGAGAUCAAAUCAAGCAUUUUGAAGCCAGAGAUACUAAUACGAGGCACUAGGAUUGGGAUCUGUAGAAUAUGUUUGGGCAGGGAGAUGGUGAUGUCUAACAUUAAAAAUAGUAAAACGCCAAUCUUUGACAUUUGACAGCUUAUCUUCAAAUCCAGUCAAUUAUGGUGUCUCUGUGUAGGUCUUUAUAAAUAAGGGAACUUCGAAAACGUUCACUCUUCGCAGUUGCAUGCUAUGCACCACCAAACAGAGAAUUGAAAGACACAGUGAUGGAGAUUGUGGAAGAUGUGGUGAUCGUUGGUGCUGGGAUUGCUGGGCUCGCCACUGCAGUAGCUUUGAAGAGAGUUGGGAUUCGAGCUUUGAUCUUAGAGAGGUCAGAAACGUUAAGAUCCACUGGUUCAGCCUUAACCCUCUUUCCAAAUGCUUGGCUUGCUCUUGAUGCUCUUGGUGUUUCUCAUAAGCUCACUUCUCUUUAUACUCCUUCCUCAAGGGGGUCUGUAACCACGGUGGCUACUGGAGCUGUUCAGGAGAUCUUCUUCUCUGGAAAUGGAAGCAAAGCUCAGGGACCCAGAUCAGUUCAUCGCAAAGCUUUGUUAGAGGCAUUAGCGCAAGAAUUGCCUGAAGAUUCAAUUCGAUAUUCAUCCAAGUUCACGGCUAUUGAGAAACAAGAAAUUGGAGAUGCUUCCAUUUGUGUACUUCAUUUGGAAGAUGGAUCUACAAUCAAAUCAAAGGUUUUGAUCGGCUGUGAUGGGGUGAACUCGGUGGUGGCCAAUUGGCUAGGACUCUCUGCGCCAAUUCAUUCGGGUCGAGCAGCAGUGCGAGGAUUGUCAGUUUUCCCACAAGGCCAUGGGAUGAAACAAGAAAUCAACCAAUUUGUGGAUGUUGGCAAAAGGGCUGGUUUAAUCCCUUUAAAUGACAAAGAAGUUUACUGGUUUUUAACUUGCCCUGAAGGAGAAAACAUGGCCCGAGAUCCAGAACUGAUACAGAAACAAGUGAUUGAGGAGUAUGCAGAGAAUUUCCCAUCAAAAUACUUAGACGUUGUCCGCCAGGCUGACCUCUCAACAUUGACAUGGGCUCCAUUGAUGUUCAGAACUCCAUGGAAUCUGAUAUUUAGAAAUAUAAGCAAAGGAAAUAUCACAGUGGCUGGUGAUGCAAUGCACCCAAUGACACCUGAUCUAGGCCAAGGUGGGUGCUCAGCUCUGGAGGACGCAGUUGUAUUGGGCAGACACAUUGGGAGUUGUUUUAUCAAGAAUGGAGAUGUUCUUGUUGCAGAGGACAUAGCCAGAGCCAUAGAUGGGUAUGUGAAAGAAAGAAGGUGGCGGGCUGCUUGGCUCAUAACUGGGUCGUAUUUCUCAGGUUGGGUUCAGGAAGGUGGUUCUAAGUGGUGGAUGAGAUUUUUAAGAGAUGUGAUUUUCUAUGGAUUCCUGUUCUCUAAGGUGUUUAAUGCUGCAAGCUAUGAUUGUGGGAUACUGCCUAGCGUUUCUGUUUCUGCCUCUGGUGAUCUGCAAUAUUCCUCCAAUAAAUCAGACUAGACCUUGAAAAUGGGAAUUAUAAAUCCCAGCAUUAUUGUGCUUGUGAACAUUGAGAACCUCUGCUUGAAUCCACACCAAAAAGCACACAAAUGCCUCCAAAAUUUAACAGUGAUCUUAGCUUACGC